GUCCGCGCCUGCCGUCGCUGCCGCCGCCGCGGCUGCUCCUGCGGGCUCGGCGGCCCCGCCGCGCUCCAGCUGGGCAACGCCAUGAGCCUCUGCGGGGCGCCGGCCGCCUGCGGGGGCCCUGCGGGCGGCGGCGGCAGCGGGCGCCAGCGCGGGGCUCUCGCGGCGCGGCUGAGCCCGCCGUGGGCUGCGGCUGCCCGCGAGGUGCCGGGCGCGGAGCCGCAACCGCGCCAACGAGCUGCUGCUGCUGCCGCCGCGCCGCCCGCCGCGCGCCGCGGCCCGGCCCCGCUGCCGCAGCACCACGUCGUGUACUUCCCGGGGGACGUGCAAGGUACGAACUAUCAUGACGUCAUGUCUUGCCAUCCAGAAAACUUUCAGUGGGAGCACUGGAGUUUCGAAAAUGUUGCUACCAUACUUGCUCGCCGGUUCCCCAAUAGCUUUAUUUGGGUCAUAAAGUGUUCUCGAAUGCACCUGCACAAAUUCAGUUGUUAUGACAACUUUGUGGCCAGUAACAUGUUUGGAGCACCAGAGCACAGCACUGACUUUGGAGCUUUCAAGCAUCUCCAUGCUUUGCUAGUUAAUGCAUUCAGACUCUCUCAGAAUAUUCUGCUGUCCCAGAAAAGUGUGCAUGGUGUCAGCAAGGAUGCAAAAAUAGCUGCUUGUAAAUCACAGCCGCAGUCUGUUCCUACAACCAAUGGCUGCUCAUCCACGGAAAGGGAGAGAGAUUGUGAAUGCUCCAAUAAUUCUGCUGUGAACUUCAUGGUACCGUCUGCUGUAGGUGCAGUGUCAUUUACUUUGAUUGGCUUCAGUAAAGGUUGUGUGGUUUUGAACCAGCUGCUUUAUGAGCUGAAGGAAGCUAAAAAAGACAAGAACACGGAUGCCUUCUUAAAAAACAUAAAAGCAAUGUACUGGUUGGAUGGUGGUCACUCGGGAGGAAGCAAUACUUGGGUUACUUACCCUGAAAUGCUGAAAGAACUUGCAGAGACAGGAAUUGAAGUUCAUGCUCAUGUUACACCGUACCAAGUGUUUGACACAAUGAGGUCAUGGAUUGGAAGAGAGCAUGAGAAAUUUGUACAGAUACUUGAAGAAUUUGGUGUGGAAAUAAAUGAUCAACUGCAUUUUGCUGAUGACGUUCCCUCCUUAGAUAACCAUUUCAGAGUUCACGAAGUAUUCUGAGACUGUGUAUCUGAACAGUAUAUUCAUUGUAGAAGCACUUUUAACACUGUAAAUGUUGUCAUCCAGAUUUUCAACUUUGAGCAGAUGCUUUCUGAAGAGAAUACUAAAUCAGUUCUGUGUUGCUAAUAGAUUCUAUGUAUAAAUUUCAGUAGCUUACAAAGGAGUAUUUGGGACACCGUAACUAUAACAGAUGUAAUUUGAUUCCUGGAAAAAAGUGUUAUGAAGAACUAUCCUAUACAUGUUCUUUUGUUAAAUGUGAAUGUUUAUUUUAAACUGUUGGUAGACUUUUUAGUCCUGGAUAUCUAAUGUGAUAUACUGCAUUUAAUGGGAGUUUAAAGUACUUGAUAAUUUCAGAUGUCUGGAUACUUCAGUUUAGUGGCUUCCAGAGCUAAAAGCAUUGGUCUUUGUCAAUAACAGAUUUAUGGUUAGUUUUUUGUUUUGAGGAAAUUGAUUGUUAGAAGAACCUUAGUUAUGUAUUUUGGUGAAAAGUGUUCUAUUUAGUUAAUUAAGUCUUCCAGUUUUGUAACAUUUCUCCUAAUUGAAACCAAGUUACAAAUAUUCACCUUUGGAAUAAUAGUGCCAAUGCAUUUUUCUUCCUUAUGUGCGCCUUGCCAUUUCUGUCACUGUAAAGUUUCAUUAAUUGAUUGUGUAGUAUCUGCCAGUGAAUAGCCAUUUCAGAUGGGGGCUUGAAAAUUUUGGCAUAGCUAUGUUAAGUAACCAAGAAUGUUGAUGAGCGUGUAGCUUAUUCCUCUUUCAGCAUACCUUGCUAUUUCUUUGACUAACUUCUAUAAGGACCAGCAGUAAUAUCUGUAUUAACAUGUGAAGAGGUGUCUUUGUCCCUGCCUUGGAGUGGUAAGGUUUUUCUUGGUAAUUGCUGCAUUGAUGUUGAUCUAAAUCGAGCCAUAAGUACAUAAUGUGUUACAAAUUGCAUAAAAAUUUUAGACUGUGUUGACUGCUUCCAAAAUGCCUCAGUUUUAAAAUCUGUUAUGUAUUACAGUAGUUGCUUCUAGAGCUAUCCAAAAAUCUAUUUUCAGAGCCUAAUCUGGUUCAGGCCCCAAACCUGAAUGUUUUUGAGAAAGAAAUACCAAAAGAUGGACAGUUAUCGUAUUAGUGGAACUUUUCUACUGUCGUAAGUAACUUUCCAUUUAUCUACAAAACUUAGAAUCAUUCUUAAAGACAACUGCAGUUAUUAACAAUGAACCAGAAGCUGCAAAUGGUUUUGGAUUUCCUGGAAGUAUAGGAAUACAAAAGCAAGUUAGCAAAACACUGUGAAGAUUACACAAACAAUUGUGGCUAAGUUCUGAAAAAAGGCAUUUUAUUCAACUUUGGUCCUAUGUUUGAUGGCUUAGUGACAUCUUUGCCCUGCUUCUUGUUUCCCAUGACUCUUACACUGGGAGGAAGGUCCUGAGUCAUCUUUCUUAUGGUGGCAUCAUUAAAAGUUACAGGGUUCACUGUAGACAGCUCUUGGCAGAGGUUAUGCAUAUUAGUCAUUACUGAACAAUGAGAAAAGUGUGUUGAACUCCUAAGAAAAUUUUCUUAAAACUCAAAAUAUUGAGGGUGGUAGAAAGGAUUAUAUGUGCACCUUAAAAUUUGAAAGUGAACUCUAUUGCUAAAAAUGAUGUACCUAGUUGAUCAAAAGGAGAAAUUAUUUAUUUAAUUGAUGGAGAAAAGUGCAACAUGCAAACCAACUCCUAACACUGUAUAAAGGAAUCUGAAAUCUAGUUCCCUCAGCUUUUUUUAAUUUUAGACUCUUUCUUGGAGAUAUUGUUCAACCCUAUUUGUUGAUUACCAUCUUAGUAGGCUUAUAACAACUUGUUUAUGUGUUUCAAGGAACAUUAUUUCCCCUUUUUGGUUCUUCUGAUAACACAGCAUAUGUGAGGACUUUUUUCUGUAAAAAAAAAAUGGGUCACCUAAAGAAGUGGCUUUAAUAGAAAGCCUACAAAUGUCCUGAAAUAUAUUUAACUAUCCACUUAUAAAACAAAACUUUAAAAAAUAAACCAACAAAAACCCCAAAACACUCUACUCAUUUUGCUCCCUCUCAGUUUCAGACUGACCAGGCUAACACUAACACUUGCCCUAUCCAGUAACUGCAGAUCAGAGAUCAAUUUUUAAACAAUUCGGUGCCUGCCAAAACAACGGGACUUGCAAGCUUUUGGAAACAGCUAUUAAAAUAUUGACAUUGUCUUCAAAAGUUUCUGGAUGGCUGUCCUAUCAAAAUACUACUAACUUGUUUGAUGGAGGCUGCCUACAAUAACUCUUAAAUAGGCUCAAGUGUUGCUGCAUUACUUUGAAGAAUAAGCACUUUGUUGUAAAACUAAUCUUGUUAUGAGACCUCAUGUUGUGGAGGGAAAACUGACUGGUUGUUUUUCAUUCUUUAAACAGCUGUAGUACUCUGUUGGAAUGUGCCUCUGUCAUUCAUUACAAUGCAUGCUAAAAAUAAAUUUUGCAAACAAUGUAGAAAAUAAACUAUUUCUAAUGGGUGAAACCACUUUGAUGUGAAUGUAAAACCAUUAAACAGGGAAUGUGCAGUUAAGUUUUGUGGAUUAAACUUUAUCAGGUGUUUGUGGAGACCUAGUUUAAAAAAUCAGAUUUGAUAACUUUUCUUCAAGGAAGCUUUAUAUUUGUGCAGUAAGCAUGUGUAAUUCUAAAACAGCUUACUGGCAUCUCACAUGCAUGGGAAAGCUGGCACGAAGUGUGCAAGGGUGUGAACAUUUCUGUGUUAGGAUGAAAUGGGUUUGUGUAUGCCUGGUUUUCAAUGUUAACUAUAAAGGCAGAUUCAAAUAAGCUUAGAUGUAAAUGCCUAAAGUUAAGUGGUUCUUAUAGUGGUUUAAUUCAAGACACUUCUGGUUUUGAAUGGAGUGAGCAAUGUUACACAGUCCUUAGUUCAACCUAGUAAUGACUGGUGUUCUUUAUACUCCAUGCUUGUUUCUUGUACAAUAGACAAGACAUUCUUCAUAUUUUGAGAAAUGCUAAUAUGUUUUAAACUGUGCCUGUUAAAUUCCUUUAAAGCAAGGCUUGAUUCUGUGAAACUGUCUGGAUGACUUAAAUGAUUUUGUGUGCAUCUAAAAUGCUAGAAACUUUGGUAACUUUCUUCCUAUCUAGGACUGAUUUAAUCACGUCUCUGUAAAUGCUGAUGCAUUAAUGAGUAUUGGCCCAUAAUUCUGAAAGAUGAUUAAGGGUCCAAUCUUUAACAUGGGGCUGAAAGGAGCAAUUUUCUAUGUCCUCCCAUUGAUAACAUCCUGCUGCCUCCCUUAUGUUAGCACAAGCACUUUAUGGUAAGCUGUUCUGUCUUUCUAAAUUAACAUAACUGCUGAUAGAGAUAACUAACAGGAAUCCUAUGUAUUUAAAAAGUCACCAAAAUUAUUUUAAAUAAGACUGCUAUGUCAGUUCAGGAGUUAGGCUGUUACAACUGUGAAUAUGCACAGAUAAAAAUGAUUGUGCAUGAACAUGUAGUCAGAUUUUCCCCACAGGUUAUUUUUGAGCUAUUUGCAGAAAGGAAAUAUCACCUGUGUUUUCUUCCCUCUUACAGUGCUUCUUACCAUGCAGUUUUUCCAAAGCUAACACUUACUUCAUCCCACCGGAUAAUCAGUAUUUGUUGUCUUGUACAGACUGGAACUUGAAGCACUGAGGUUAAAGUCUACCCAUUCAUUUACCUUGAAUGCUUAUUUUAAAUUACACGUGUAUUACAUCAGUUAAUACAAGAAUUUAAAGAACAGUAAACGUUCUGGGAUGUGUGUGCUCAGUUGUGAGCCACAUUUUAGGUACAUCAGAGCCUGGUAGAAUCCACAAAUAUGAAUGUGUCCUUGUGCAAUACAAAAGCAAAGAUGGAUGUCUCAGACUACAACCCAUAAGAGACAGCCUCUUUAAAUCACCUUCAAACUUACUUCUUCACAAUCUUUUUAAUCUUAUAUUGAAAUCUCAUUUCAUUUUUGUAAGGGUGGUAGAUUAAAUUUAAAAAAAUUACUUCUGAUGGUCAUAACCUCAUGAAAAUGUAGACACAUUUGAAUAUUGCAGAUGGAGAUUCUAAGACCAAAGCUGGUUUUCUGUGCGUGUUGUUGAUCUCUUAACCCUGUUCAGAUGCAGGGUGACUGUUUUUAACUUAAAUAAAAUAACAUGAAGUCA